AACCUAGUCUCGCUUUUGGGUUAUUGCAAUGAAGAUGGGGAGAUGAUACUGGUCUAUGACUUCAUGGCCAAUGGAACUCUAUAUGAUCAUCUUCAUUUGAGGAAUAGAGAUCAAGAUCAUCACCCUUUGUCUUGGAUUCAACGUCUUGAGAUAUGCAUUGGAGUUGCAAGGGGUUUGCACUACCUACACACCGGCACAAAGCACAAGGUCAUCCACCGUGACAUCAAGACAACCAACAUACUCUUAAAUCAUAAUUGGGUGCCUAAAAUUUCAGAUUUUGGGUUGUCAAAGGAAGGUUACCCUUCCUUAGUCACCACCAAUGUGAAGGGUAGCAUUGGUUACCUAGAUCCUGCGUGUUAUCAAAGCCACAAGUUGACUGAGAAAUCUGAUCUAUACUCACUUGGGGUGGUGUUAUUGGAGGUUCUAAGCGCAAGGCCUGCUGUAAGUCAAUGUGAAGAUGAUGAACAUGUAAACUUGGCUGAAUGGGCUAUGUUGUGCUUUGAGAAUGGCUGUGGAGAGCAAAUAGUUGACCCCAACUUGGAAGGGAACAUAGUAAAAGAGUGCUUUGAGUUAUAGUUAGGAGUUGCAAUGAAAUGUUUGGCUGAGAGAGGGAUAGAGAGGCCAUCCAUUGGUGAAGUGCUAGAGAACCUUGUUACAUAUAAUGUCUUUCUAAAUCAUAUUUAAAGAGAUUAUAUGUAAAAAAUUUCUGGAUCAAAUACAAAUAGACUAUCUGUUUAUAUACAAAUUACAAAUAUUUUUUAUAACUUAUUUAUGAAAAAUAAUUGUUUGUAUGGAUACAAAUUACAAAUACUUUUGAUAACUCGUUUAUAAGAAAUAACUCUAUUUUAUGGAGAAAAACUCAAAAAAAAAAAAAAACUUUUAUAUUGUAU